GGUAGUGAGUGUAGUGUAGUGUGCGUGUGGAGCAGCUGUCUGUUGGAUCGGAGGAGCUGGAGGUCCACACACACACCGACACACUGGUGCAUUAUUUCUUCUUUCCUGUAAAGAAGUGGGAUUGCACUUUGCAGCACCACUGCUGUCUCUGCAGGACUUCUCCUCAUGUGGACCUGAGAGUGUGAGAGCAUGCUCUAAUGCUUUAACCACAGUCUUUGUCUGAUAUGAGAAGAAAGGAUUAAGAUCUCCGGUACCGGGAGGAUCAUUCAAGCUGUAGCCCAACUUUUGUUUCUCUGGGCAGCUUCGGGAUGUCUUCAGCUCGGGUGGAUUACAUUGCUCCCUGGUGGACUUACUGGCUGCACAAUUUCCCUCAUAUCAACCUGAGGUUCCAGCCCAUUGACAACAGCUUCCAGCCUGAAGAGGAGAACUACCAGCAGUCUCUCAUCUUCCUGGGCUGCGUGGCGGCCGCCGGGCUCGGCCUCAACCUGCUGUGUCUGGCCAUCUACCUGAGCUGUCUGUGCUGCUGCCACAAAGACGAAGAGGAGGAGAGCAAGAAGCCCAACUCUUGCUGCGUCACCUGGUCCGCCGUCGCCGCCGGCCUCAUCACAUGCAUCGCGGUAGGUGUGGGUUUCUAUGGCAACAGCGAGACCAAUGACGGCGUGUACCAGUUGACCUACUCGCUGUACAACGCCAAUCACACGCUGGGCGGUGUGGACAGUCUGGUGAUGGGCACCAUGGGCAGCAUGAAGAGCGGCCUGCACCAGCACCUCGCCAGGCUGGACGAGAUCUUCGCCACGCGGGGCGACUACGUGCAGACCCUGCAGUUCAUGCAGCAGAUGGCGGACAACGUGAUCAAACAGCUGCUGGGGCUGCCCGACUGGGAGCAGGCUAAAGUGGACCUGGCAUCCAUCGCUGAUCAAACGGCAAACGUAGAGUACUACAGGUGGCUCACCUACCUGCUGCUCCUCAUCCUGGACCUGAUCAUCUGCCUGCUGGCCUGCCUGGGUCUGGCCAAGCAGUCUCGCUGGCUGCUCACAACGAUGAUGGUGUUCGGAGUGCUGACGCUGGUCCUGAGCUGGACUUCUCUGGGAGCUGACCUGGCCACUGCUGUGGGCACGAGUGAUUUCUGCGUGUCCCCUGACAAGUACCUCAUGAGCCAGACAAAAGGCCUCCUCGGUACUGAUAUUGUUCAUUACUACCUUUACUGCAACCAGACUCAGUCCAACCCCUACCAGCAGCCUCUGACCAUUUUCCAGAGGUCCCUGACCACCAUGCAGAUCCAGAUCCAGGGUCUGCUGCAGUUUGCUGUGCCUCUGUUUCCUACAGCUGAGAGAGACCUACUGGGGAUCCAGCAUCUGCUCAACUCCUCGGAGGCCAGUCUGCACCAGCUGACCGCCCUGCUGGACUGCAGGGGGCUCAACAAGGACUACCUGGAUGCGAUGGUGGGGGUGUGCUACGACGGGGUGGAGGGUGUACUCUACCUCUGCCUCUUCUCCUCCCUGGCAGCCUGUGCCUUCACUGUCAUGCUGUGUGCCAUUCCCAGGGCAUGGAGACAAAUUGCCUGCAGGGAACGAGCCUACGACGACAUCGACGAGGAGGAUCCGUUCAACCCGCGGGUGAGGAGGAUAGCCUCUCCGAACCCCAACCUCCCCAACAUGCACAGCUUCUGCAGCUACAGCAGCAGCAUGGGCAGCCAGAACAGCCUGCACCCGCCCGCCCAGGCCGUCUCCAACGCCCCCGUGUCCGAGUACAUGAACCAGACGGCUCUGUUCGGGGGAAACCCGCGGUACGAGAACGUUCCUCUGAUAGGACGAGGAUCUCCACCCCCCUCGAUAUACUCUCAGCAGUAUAGAAACCGAUACUCCCCCAGUAUGCGGGCCACCUAUCUGUCCAUGACCGAGGAACAGAUUAGACACUUUGGGAACGACUUCCAAGCAUAGACUUCUUUAUCUGACCCGAGGAGGGGGGACAGCAUCACAGAUCACACAAACACACGCUCGACAGACAAAAGAGUGUGUGGCGACUACCAAGCAUCACAGAGGGCAGCGUGGAACGUCUCAUCGGUCCAGGAGGACAAUGGAAACACAUCGGUACUCUUCUCUGUAUGCUCAUAAAUGAUUAAUCACACCUCUCUGCCCUGAGGCAUUUUAUGGGGAACUUGCUAAAAAUAUUCCUGACACAUGCUGUCGAACUUAACAUGCUCUUAAUAUGUUUGUCAUGCUUUGUCAUCUAUUGGUGAAGCAUUGAGGGAAGGUUUAUAUACCUGAGUUCUUCAGGUAAAACACGACUAAACUGUAACUUUAAUGAAAGCAAUUUUGAGGAUUAAUUUCUCACUGCAGUAAAACAUAGUUCACUAUAAAGUAAAAACAUUUUUACAAUACAAACCUUACAUUCAGGUCUCCAAAGAGGAAAAAUGUGACAGCCGAUGUAAACAUCUUAUUUUCUAUGUGUUACGCUUCAUGCUUGAUAUUUUGUGAAGUACAAACCCAGCACUGGCAGCGCACAGCAGGAGGUAUUGUUGAGGUAUAAUUUAUUUACAUUCACACACAGACACGCCUGCAAAGUGAAGCUUUGGUGCUAAAUCUCCUGGAGACCACGGCUUCUGUAUAUAAGUUGUACAAUAACAGAAAAGUUGUCUCAUCCUGAUGUGGUUUAUUUUGAUUUUGUUCAAACAAUGUGCCAAUUUUUUAUAUAUUUUUUCUAGUUUUGUGUGGCGAUGUCACACAGGAUCACUAUUUUUUUUUUUUUGUACUUCCUAAAGGGCCAUUAAUUAAUUCAUGUUCUCUACAUAUCUAAUCCAGCUAAUACAAUAAAGUUGUAGUUUCUGUCAUAACUUGGGAAGCUGUGCUGCUCUAACUACGAUUAAUGAGAAUAUUCAGGUAAUUAUUUUCAUAAAUUCAAAACAUCCAAACAGUACAUGUUUGUAUCGACUAACAAAUUAUGUUCUGUAGGGGUUUAAUACAUGCAGUUUUGUUUAAUAAUUAUUUUUUAUUUUAAGUGUCAUUUCUUUAAGCAUGUUACAUUGUACAGGCACUGAGAAUGGUGCUUAAUUUUGUGUGUGACCCCAAAACUAUGGGGUCUAAUUGUGAGUUGAAUAAAUCCGUUUUGAGUACAA